UAUAUUGCAUAUAUAUAUAGACUACUAUACAAACAUAUCAUACAGAUACACAGACACUUCUGAACUGAUUAUUACCCCCAUCUAAGUAAGCGCUUUCUUGGAGACUAUUACCAUUUCCUAUGAGGACUGCAUAAUUUCGGAUUUGAUACACAAGCUGGUGGCGUACGAGCAGUUUCUCACUGAUGUGGAGGUGUUACAGUGGUUCAAAAUGUCUUUGAUGAACUUCUUCAACGAUUCCGCCGAGUUUAUCCGUCGACCCACAACAGUGUCAACUGCCACAGAUCUCGAUAUUGCAGCCCAUUCUGCAGCAGUCAAUUACAACAGGUGGGAACGUGUACCACGAAAACAUAGUACUCAUUCUACAAUUUGUGUCCAGCCAAACCUAACAGGAACUAAUCAACCAGUUUUGUAUCCAAGAACAAAAACACAAGAAUUAGAGAGCGGAAAAAAGAAAGGCGAAAGUCAAAAAGAGAAACUGCUGGAGCUCAAGUUAAAGUUUGCUGACCAGUCUCUGAAGAAUAUGUUAGAACAAGAGAAACAUCAAUUAGAGAUUGGUGUACGAUUGAGAGAAGAAAUAAAAUCUUACGAACGUAACUGUUGGGAAAAUGCCAGUUGUUCAUUGAGAAAGUUUCAACGGUUGGAGACAGGAAUUAUCAAAAUUCAGAGGAAUUUUACAAAAGAUAUAGAGCAAGAGAAAAAACUACUUGAAGAAGUAAAGAGGAAACGUGAAUUUCAAAUUAAAGGAAUCCAAAAUGAACUUUAUCAACUUGAUUGUUUAGUGGAACAGCAUAACAACGAGUAUAAGAAGUUACUGAACUAUAUGCAUCAAGAAUACCCUAUCAAAGAAUUGAUAAUUAGUGGACUGGAGAGAGAUAUUGCUGAGUUGAAGAUGGCAAAUGAGAAAGAACAGAAAGCAGUUGAACAGCUGCUUGCCUGUGAGAUUAUGAAAUACAAGCAGCAAUGGAAUAAAGACGAAAAUGAUCUAACGAAAGCCAUAUGUGAGAAAUCCUUAGAAAUGAUGCCGUCUGAUUUUGAAGAAAUACUAAAAGAAAACAGAAUACUGCAGAAGGAAAUCAACUUACUCAGCAAGGAACAACACCAGUGUACUAAGACUAUACAUGAUCUAACAAACAAGGUGAAGUGUCUGGCUCAAAGUGACACAACCAGCUUGAGAAGGCAAAUGUUUCCAGAAGUUUUCUCUCCAAAAACCAAAUGCCGUCCAGAUUUCGAUAUCAAGUUGGACAUCUCAGUCUAAUAUAAGAUAUAUCACCGUAUCACAUGACAGCUAUCAUCUAUCGAUCAGCCAACAACAACUGGACAUUUCGGUCUAGUAUGAUAUAAUACAAUAUGAAAGGACUACUAUUAUAUAUCAGUCUACCAUUAGUCAUGUAAAUUCUAAAUAUCACAACAUACAAAAACAGCUAUCCACUCUCCAUCAGUAUAUAACAGGCGGAUAACAACCAAUGAGGGAGCCUCUACUUAAUCAUGCGACUUACUGGAAAUAGUAGAUAAAUCUCCCUAAAAUCACACUACACGGCCUUCAAAAAAAAUCAAUGAUAUAUCAGAUUGUGUAGUCUCAGAUAACUCUAACCGGACAGAAUGAUCAUGAAUAGAUUUGCCUUUGCUCAUAGGUCGAUUUGCUCGGUCAGGAUUGACCUGGGCUAAACAAGAAUAUCAAGAACUCAACAUGUCAGACCAACCAUUUAUCACAAUAUGACUGUACUGUUAUUGUUAAUCAGCCGGACACAUUGAAACUCAUGACUAUUUCAGGAUUAAUCAAUAACUAUGACCAUAUUCUAUCGAUCUACAGAUCAAUCUAUAUCUGUAGAGUACGUACAUGUAAUGGUAUAUAACGACUCAACAAAUUUAGAAACUCAUUUCGUGAAUGAGGGGAAAAUUUCCGGCAAACGGUUGUAUUGUCUACGGAUUCAUUUCACUGGAAAAUUAUUUCGAAAGUCUUAAAGACAAUUUUAAAAUAUCUUUGGUAGUCUUGCCUUACAAUUCUG